CGAUCACUUCCCUCCCAAGCGACACGCCAAGUUGAGCUUGUUCAUGGGUUCGUGAGGGGUUUCCGGUGUCUAUGUGGGAACUUGCGAUAGGUCGGGACAACCUAACCGACAAUUUCGUGCUUCUAGCCCACCGCCGCCCCUUCCGAUGGGUACGAUCUUAGUCUCUUCCCGUUGGAGAUAGGUUCAAGGGUAUACUCGCGAGAGGUGUCGGAUUUAUAAAAUACGCUGUUCGAGGCGGUAAAGACUAGCUUGAAUCCUCCCCGGUAGCCAACGAUCCAACGAACCUCGACCAAUCAGGGAACCCGAGCCCUUGCAUCGCCUGAUUAGCCACCACUAGACGGCACAAACAAUGUAAAGAGGCGUAGAAGCCAGCGAGCGCCGCAUAAACUUCCCCAUAUUUGCUUAGCUAGCAGCACAAUAUUAUAUCAGUCAUCUAUCCGUCGUGUUCGUAUAUAUAUACGAAGCAGUCGUCCUCUCUUAAGUGGGAGCAAACAAUAUAUUCCAACCCAGCGGCUCCAAUUACCUACUUAUACCCAGAAAAAGAAAGUCGACUGACAAUAUUACGCUUUCCGACUUACCUACAAAAUGGAGGACUUCGCGAGUGUUCAAGGAAAGUUCGCCGAGGAAGCGCAGAAGCGUUUACGCUUGCGUCCCGAAGGCGUGGCUCAAUAUGAGACUUUAGCAUUCAGCGAGUCGGAUAAGUUACGCCACUUAUCAGACGACAUCUGGGCAGACCACGCUGCUCUCGAUGCGCAAACUCCUCCCCUAGCCUCGGGUGACCGUCCCAAGUUUCUUAUCGCAGGUGCCGGGAUUGGUGGACUCUUAGCUGCUGUCCGUCUAAUCCAGGCUGGAUUUUCGGCAGACCAAAUUCGAAUAAUCGAAACAGCCGGUGGCGUUGGUGGUACAUGGUACUGGAAUCGGUAUCCCGGAUUACAUUGCGACAUGGAGGCUUACGUCUACCUACCGCUAUUGGAAGAGAUGGGGUACAUGCCCUCGCAUAGAUAUGCCCCCGGGGUUGAGAUUCGGAACUAUCUUAAUGAUGUAGCGAAGCGUUGGAAUAUCGACGACAAAAUCCUAUUUAGGACUAAGCUCGAUAAGCUAGAAUGGGACGAAAGUUCUCGCGCGUGGAAGGUCGACCUCACUACGGGGAGAGGACCUAAUGGUGCAGAAAAGUCCAGUUUAUCAGUGACGGCUGAAUUCGUAUGGGUGACGGCUGGGUUAUUAACUAAACCUAAGAUCGCAAAGCUAGGUGGUGUUGGGUUUGAGGGUUUCAAGGGUGAAUUCUUUCACCCAUCAAGAUGGAACUACAACGUUACAGGAGGUUCACCCGAGGAAGCCUUCCCAGUCCUAUCGAAGCUGAAAGACAAGAGAGUCGGCUACAUUGGUACCGGCGCGACAGCAAUUCAGGCCGUACCACAGCUAGCCGAAUACGCCAAGGAGUUAUACGUGUUCCAACGAACGCCCGCCGCGGUCUUCUCCCGUGGCCAAAGGCCCACCGAUCCGGAGGAAUGGAAGAAAAUCGCCGGAAAACCCGGCUGGUACGCGGAGCGUGUGCACAACAUAUUAUUACACCUAGCUAACAGCGCGCCUCCUGGUACCCCCAACUUGGUAGACGAUGAAUGGUCUCGACAGCCCGCCUUCGCGGCCCUGGUUGGUGGACAGGAAUUUCCGGAAGUAGUAGGACCAGAGCAAGUGCCUGAGAUUAUUGCUCACUUCCUCAAGAUAGACGCCCCAAACACUGCGCGAUUACGAAAGCGGGUUGCCGAAAUCGUGAAGGACAAGGAGACGGCUGAGAAGCUUACACCGUGGUACCCAACUUGGUGCAAGCGGCCAACGUAUAGCGACAUGUACCUAGAGUCGUUCAACAAGCCCAACGUACACUUGGUCGACACGGAUGGUAAGGGUGUUGAAAGUGUGACGCCUCAUGGCCUCGUAGCCAACGGCGAAGAGUUCCCGCUCGACAUCAUUGUUGUAGGCACGGGGUACGACGCCGGUUUUAUGGCCGGCGGAGAUCCCUUAGCUGCUGCCGGUGUCAAGGUAUUUGGCCGGGAAGGCAAAACGAUACCCGAGAGGUGGGAGUCAACGGGAUACUCUACGCUGUUCGGCUGUGCGACUAACGGUUUUCCGAACUUCUUUUGGUUAAGUCCGUUCCAGGCCGCUUCUACUGGAAAUUACUCCUCAGCUUUAGACACGCAGGCUAGCCAUAUCGCUUACUUGGUGGGUAAGGCGCAUGAAAAGGCGGGUGGUCUAGCCAAGACCGGGGUAACCGUCGAAGUUGAAGUUCCUGCUCAGGAGGCGUGGAGCACGAAGAUGAUGAUGGGAGCAGCCCGGUAUGCGACAUUGACACCUUGCACGCCGAGUUAUUUCAACAACGAAGGCAACCUCUUCGACCCGAACGCUACGCAAGAGCAAAUGAUGAAGUCGGCAAGGGCGACGAUGCACCCUACAGGCAUGCCCGGUUUCAUAGAGGAUUUGAAGAAAUGGCGUGAGGAGGAUAAGCUGAGUGGCAUCAAGGUAACCGUCGCGUAAAGCUCCCUAGCCCUGGAUAUAAUAAAGUAAUAGUAAAAGAAGCCCUUGAUAUAAGUGUGCGCUACAUUUUGAAUUAGUUCCGCCUGCGUUUGGUUAAAAAACCAUAAAAAAAGUCGGGCAAUAAGUAAAAUACCCCUACGCACAUUAAUACACCUGAUAUGAAAGUUUACAUAUAGUCUAGAGGGGUAUGUCG